AACAAUGUCAAGAAGGAAAAUAACAAACAUAAUAAUAUGUCCUAAGAUUUACUGGUUUAUGUUGCAAGUAACCAUUUUGUUGUUUACUGAAAGUCAAGGUAAACACGUCUAGAAACACCUUAUUUACGUCUAUGUAAGUAAGUGUGCAGCCGCUUUGCGAUGAGGUACUUUUUCAUUAAAGCUGAUGAGCAGGAAAUUGUAGCGACAUUGGGUGACUAUAAGUAUCUUUCAUCCUUGCCUCUUGAAAGUUUCACCCGCGAAAGCCUUGUGAAGCUGGAAGCUGAACUUGGUGAAAAGAAAAAGGAGCUUAAGACUUUGAAGGAUACCUCACCAGAUUCAAUGUGGUUAAACGAUCUCAUGUUGUUUGAAAAGGAAUUUGAUAAACUACAGAAAAUUCAGACAGAAGAGGAACGAAACAGAUCAAUCAUGUUGAAAAGAAAGAAUGAUUUUGCAAUUGAUGCAAAAAAGCUGUCACAACCACGAAAGAAUAAUCAGAAGGAAGCUGAUGACGAUAUUCCAUCUCUUGCAUGUCACGUUGAAUUAUCUGGUGAAAAGACACGAGAUAGUGAUAAUGCUGUUGUUGAUGCUGAUGACUUAGUUCAAGAGAAGGCUUCCCCAGCAAAGAAGGGGCCUACAAAGGCAGCUACCACUUCCAAAAGAAAAAAUGUUCAGCCAGCUGAAAGUGCAGGUAGGAAGAAAGUGAGAAAGACGAGGGAGUCGCCAUUUAACGAGGUGGUUCGGAAUUUGGAGUAUAUGAGCGACAGUGAUCCUGAUGGCGACAAUGAUUCUGAUGAUGAGCAUCUGAGUGGUUUUAUGCAUUAGCAAAGGAGCUGUGCUAUUAUUAUGUAAAAAUUUGAUCAGUGUCGUGCUAGAGUUUCCUUUUAACUUGAUGACUGGAUGAGUUUGCAUGCAUUAAUGAAUCGGAUUUACGACUCUAACCGUAUUUUUUUUUUCUAUUCCUUGAAUUGAAUUGUUCACAAGUUAGUUUUUGUAUAAAUUGACGAUUACUUAUUUCUUAUAUGUAGCACUA